UGCCUUUCCUUACCAGUAUUUUCAUUGUACCCUGCACAGAAACUUCUAUCUCGCGAGAUAAAUUUGAGAGGGCGCUUGUUGCGGCUUGUAUUCCAUUUUCUGAGCUUCCCACAGCAGCCACCACCUCAGCAUAACCAUACUAGUGUAAUCCGCUUGCUUGAACUUUAGCUGUAUUACUGGGCCGGUAGGGCCCCAGGCCUACACCUUGAAAGACAUUUUACUACUUUCUUAGUUGGGCAGCCAUGGCAGCAGCUGCUCAGCGUGCGCGUAAUCAGAGGCUGCCACCGGAGGUUAACAGGGCCCUCUUUGUACGCAACCUUCCGUUCAAUAUAUCGUCUGAAGAGAUGUAUGACAUUUUUGGGAAAUACGGGCCAAUUCGCCAGAUCCGGAUGGGGACAACCAAGGAGACCCGUGGCACAGCUUACGUGGUGUAUGAGGACAUCUACGACGCUAAGAACGCCUGUGACCACCUGUCAGGCUUUAACGUUGCGAACCGCUAUCUCAUCGUACUCUACUUCAACCCAGUACGGCAAAGCAAGAAGCUGAGCACAAAGGAGCAGGAGGAGCAGCUUCGAAAGAUGCAGGACAAGUACGGAGUGGACGGGCAGCAGCACGCCAAGGGGAAAUGAAGCGGAGGAGGUGGAUGGAGGCAGCAUUAGGAGUGGGCCAGGCAAGAGGCGAAGAGGUGAAGAGGAGUGGGCUAGGAAAGGGUAGCUGGAUUACGUGGAACGUGGCUUGCGGGGAAAUGCGGGGCAGUGCUGAGGCAUGUUGCGCCGCUAGGGGCAACGUGUGCUUGCAUGAUGCAGCGUAGGUGGUGUGGUUUGGUUGUGGCGGGCAGUGAGCUUCAGCUAGGUGGUCGUGUCAUGCUGCCACGUAAGCGUUACCGGUUAAAGCUUGUAUAGACUACGGCAGAAAACAUACCAAACGUGCACAUGUUGACGUACGGAGCCCUUGAGGGAAGGGGGAGCUGACGUAUGCCAUGGUUCGCAAGGAUGCCUCCUCCCAGUGAUGUUUGGCCGCUGUUGGACGCUGCGCGCCGCACAUACCGGAUCGCGCAUGAUUGGGGAUGCGCGUUUGCGGCUGCUGAGUUUCGGAGCAUCCGGUUGCUCCUUACGAUGCAUACUUUGCGUGUGUACUUUGCGUGUGGAACGAAACCCUACACGAGGUUGGGGUAAAGGCGCCAGCGGUUCAUAUGCUGCUGCUGCGCGCCAGGGCGCUACUGCUGAUGGGGAUACCCCAGAUCGGUGUGUACAGCAACGCGUCCCGUUGUAUUGCGCUGGGAUGCGUGCUGAGAUAGUUAAGGGCAAUGUGGAGACGGCGGUUAGUGCUCAACAACAACACGGGCGUACGGCUGCGUGGCUUUGCUGUACUGAUCCUGGAUUGCGUGAACAGGGAUGCAGGUUACGACAAAUGUGAAAUGCACCGGAAUUGGAGAACGUUCACCCAUGCUGAAUGUUUA